AUGAAGUUACGUGUGCAGAGGAGGGUCUGGCUCCUCACGCUCUUUCUGGCUGGGUUGGCGGUGUCAGCGGGCGCGCAGCUGGACGAUAAUGGAUUCCGCACCAGCGUCUCGACCACAAACACGACCGAGGGCCCCGACGCCGCCCAUGAUCGUGAGACGGGGGGCGCACUUGCCGUACGCGAAACCGUGGUCACCCGGGUCUCGGGUCCGAGCAUCAUGCCAUUCACACUGGAAAAACAGGCGAUUAUCGCCAAGGCCAUCGAGAAUGUUUUGAUUCCUGCCUUAGGUCCCGUAACCAUCAUCAGCUACAGGGAAAACUAUCCGGAGCCUGGGUUCUCAGAGGAGGCUGGCGUGACAGACCCCUACGUCGACUUUGCCGGCAACAUGUACCGUCUGUUCAACCUGUCCAUGCCGGACCUGAACGACAGUGCGACAUGGACCAAGGCCUGGACCAACCAGAUGCCCAGCUUCGGGCUGUGGGUGUCUGAGGUGCAGCGCCUGGGCCUGAACGCCUCCUUCCGCCUCAUGAGCAUCAACAUCGCGGAGGAGAUCAUGACUCAGGCCGUCCGCCUGGCCCCCGUGGUCCCUGUUGAGGUCAUGGUCGCGGUGAGCACCGCGGCAGGCACCAACCUCACCGCCCUGCAGGCCAGCACGAUUGCCGAGACGCUCGAGGAUCUGGUGGGAGCCCACAUUGACAUCAUGGCCUGGAGCACACAGGAUGCCCUGAAAUUCUUUGACGCCACCUUUGACUACGGCAACGGCUCGCAGCUGAUGGUGCUGGACAUCUCGCUGCCCGCCUGCGAGAGCGCCAACGGCACGGGGUGGGAGUCCUGCGCGCUGAGCACGCUGCAGUUCAAGCUCCUGGACGUCUUUGUGAACGACACCGUGCUGGCGACGCUGGCGGCCGGCGGCAUGGCCGCCCCCCGCCUGGCGGGCAUCCGCCUGCGCCCCUCGCCGCAGCCGCCGGCCCAGCCGCAGGUCCCCGCCGCCGUGCCCUGGCACCUGGACCGCCUGGACCAGCGCACGCUGCCCCUGGACGGGCAGUAUGCCGCUGACAACCUGGGGUCGGGUGUCAGCGUGUACGUGUUGUCGGCAGGCAUCGACGCCACACAUUCGGAGUUUCAACGGACCGACGGCGUGCCCGGGACUCGCAUCAAGCCGGGGUGGGGAUUCAACGGGACCGACCCGCUGCAGGACUGCCCCGACGCCUUUGCCUGGUACGGUUUCGGCACCUACUACGCAUCCCUGAUCGGCGGGAACACGCUGGGCGUGGCCAAGAACGCCACCAUCACCUCAGUCCGGUACCGGUACUCCUGCCUGAUGGACGCUGCCAACAUCUGGGCGCCAGAGGGCCUGCCGUCUGGCUUCGACUAUGUCCUCUCCACAGCCAAGGGCCCCUCCGUGAUGCUGAUCGAGACGUGGUGGGGCCAGAAUCGGUACAGCUCGGAGAAGGAUGACUUCAUCAACCAGGCUCUGCACCAGCGGGUCCAGCUGGCCCUGGCGCAGAACAUCACCAUCAUAAUCCCCGCCGGCAUCGGCCUGUGCCCCAUCUGCGAGAACAUCCUUGCCGCCCACCCCGACAUCAUCACGGUCCAGGGUGUGGACGAGCGUGAUCAGCUGAGCAGCUUUGCCGAGUCGAACUCCUCCUGCCUCAGCCUGCUGGCGCCGGGGGGCGGCAUGGGCAACGGGGUGCUGGGCGCCAUGGCCCAGGGCAACCUCACCACCAUACUGCCUCAGGCCUUUGGAGCGGCGUCCCUGGUGGCCGGCCUGGCGGCGCAGUACCUGUCCAACAACCCGGCCGCUACGCCGGCCCAGGUCAAGCGUGCGCUGCUGGCGGCCGCCACGCGGGACCGGGUGCUGCUGGCGGGGUCGGAGGCGCACAACCGCCUGGGGUACACCGACCUGACCUUCAACGCCACCGUACCCGACUCCGGCGCGGGGCCGGACGGGGAGGGCGGGGGCGGGGGCGGCCUUUCCACGCCCGCCAUCCUGGGCCUGGCGCUGCCGUUGGGCGCGCUCCUGCUCCUGGCCGUGGGCGGGGGCCUGUGUUACGGCUGGGCGCGGCUGGCGUCUCGGCGCGGCGCGGCACUGGCGGCCCACCGCCUGGACGGCGAGUGGGAGAUCGCGGAGAAGCGCAUCAAGCUGGCGGUGAAGGACGGGGUGCAGGUGGUGGCGGUGCGGCCGCUACGGUGCGGGGGGGAGGGCGCGGAGCACGAGCGCUGCGUGCGCGAGAUCGCGAUGAUGCGCUUCCUGUCGCGCGACGCCAACAUCACCCAGUUUUACGGUGCGGUGGUGGGCGCGCAGAGCCUGACCCUGGUGGCCGAGUUCAUGGCGGGCGGCGACCUGCGCGCCGCCAUCGACGCCGACGCGCGCGGGCGGCUGGCCUGGUGGGCGGGGGGCAAGGGCGUGGCACUGGACGUCACGCGCGGCCUGCACUUCCUGCACACCCUGCGCGUUGCGCACCGCGACGUCAAGUCCGGCAGCGUCCUGCUCACGCGCGACGGCCGCGCUAAGCUGAGCGACGUGGGCAUGGCGCGGGUGGUGGGGGAGCAGGCCCCCGAUGAUGGCUUCGUCGGGACCCAGGCCUGGGCCGCCCCGGAGCUGCUGGCGGGGCAGGCCUAUGACGAACGCGUGGACAUCUGGUCCCUGGGCACGCUGCUGUGGGAGAUCGUCACGCCGGAGCUGCCCAUGCGCGGCAUGCUGCGCCCGCCGCUGGUCCCCGAGGAGUGCCCGCAGGAGGUGGCCGACGUCAUCGCCGCAUGCAUGCAGCGCGACCCCGCUCGCCGCCCCGACGCCCACACCGUCUACACCCUGCUCCUGGAGGCGGAGCCGGCGACGGGGGCCGAAGCGGCGGGCGCGGCGCCGGACGCCUACCCCGGCAGCGGCUCCGUCACCGACUGCUCUUCGGUGGGCACGCCGCGGGGCGGCACGGCGCCCUCCCCGCUCAGCGUGAUCAGCAACAGCUUGUCCCUGGCCGAGCCCCUGCGCUGGUCGGCCACACCGACCGGCUCCAGGGCGCAGAGCAAGGGGUCGGCGGUGCACCCCGUCAGCCCCCAGCUCCGCUGCAUGGUGGACCAGAUCCAGCGACGCUUCCGACAUCACGAGGCCAUGGCGGCGGUGCGCGCCGAGGCCGUCAGCCCGCGCUUCCCCAGCCCCUUUGAGGAGCAGGCGGGCCCCACGCCCGUGAGGAACGUGUUCGGUCGGCCCUCUGCGGGGACCGGCUUCGUGUGA